AUGGCAUAUAAAUCUGAAUCUUUAAAACCUAAGGUCACCUUCCUUACCGGUAGGCGCAACCAUAAUUAUGGCUUCCCACCCGAAGCCUUCGAUCACACGAGACUACCCGACGUCGACCGCGAGUUUCUCCCCCCCGAACACCUCGCCGCUUUCGCUUCCGCCUUGAACGCACCCGAACCCUCGAAUAGCGCGACCGACGAUGCGUCCUCGCCGAGAAGCCCCGCCGCGAGAAGCACGAACAGUCUAGAGAUAACGCGGUCCGGCUCCGUCGCUUCUGUCGAUUCCCCGAUCCCCUUUUCCGACGGUUUCGCGGCCACCCAGAAUGGCUCUCAGGGCGGCGGCGGCGGUGGCAUGUUCAUCACGGCGCAGAAUGACUGGGCACCCGUGAACGAAAAGGUGCCCAAGCACGGCCGCGGCAAGAAGAAGAGGAAGAAGACGACGAUGGGCCGCCGCACGGUGGACGAGACCCGCGAGGGCUACCUGUACGGGCUGCUGAAGUGGCCGUUCCUCUUCUUCGUCGGGAUGUGGAUCGUAGGCUUGGCCGCCUCGUACCUGUGGACGCGGUUCUACAUCUUCGUGUACGAGUACUUCGUCGCCUGGCGGGGCACCCGUGAGAAGCUGCGGCGGAACAUGCGGGCGGCCGCCAGCUACCGGGAGUGGGUCCAGGCGGCCAAGGAGCUGGACGCGUUCCUGGGAAACGAGCGGUGGAAGGAGGAGAACGAGUUCGCGUACUACGAUUCCAAGACCGUCCGCCGCGUCUGGGAGCAGCUGCGCAAGCAUAGGAAGGCCGCAGAGGCUCAGGAGGCCCAGCUCGCGCGCGCGCCCGGCUACGAGAAGGGGGACGCGGCAACGAGGGCCGAACAGCGAAAAACCAUCCAGGAGCUGAAGGCUCUGACGGAAGCUUGCGUCAAGAAUAACUUUGUCGGGGUCGAGAACCCGAGACUUUACAGCCAGACGUAUUACGGUACUAAGAACUUGGUUCAGAAUUUCGUGGACGAAGUGGAGAAAAGCACACGCUUCCUAGUUCAGACCAAGCAGCUAUCGAUUGAAGAAAAGAAAGGAAUAUUCAAGCGCAUGCACGCCAACUAUGGACGCACCGCGCUAUGUCUGUCUGGCGGCGCGUCGUUCGCAUAUUACCAUUUCGGUGUUGUCAAAGCGCUGCUCGACGCAGACCUACUACCGGAGGUCAUCACGGGCACUAGCGGCGGCGCAUUGGUGGCAUCACUCGUGGCGACGCGGACUAACGACGAGUUAAAACAGCUGUUAGUCCCCGCGCUGGCGCAUAAGAUUACAGCCUGCUCCGAGCCGAUGAGCACCUGGAUCCCACGAUGGUGGAAGACGGGCGCGAGGUUUGACUCCGUCGAGUGGGCGCGCCAGGCGAGCUGGUGGACCCGCGGCUCGACCACGUUCAGGGAGGCGUACCAGCGCACGGGGCGCAUCCUCAAUGUUAGCUGCAUCCCGGCCGACCCGCACUCGCCCACGAUCCUAUGCAACUACCUCACGUCGCCGGACUGCGUCAUCUGGUCGGCCGUCCUGGCGUCCGCCGCGGUGCCCGGGAUCCAGAACCCCGUGGUCCUCAUGACCAAGAACCCGGACGGGUCCCUGUCCCCUUACUCCUUCGGGCACAAGUGGAAGGACGGCAGCCUGCGGACGGAUAUCCCCAUCAAGGCGCUCAACCUGCACUUCAACGUCAACUUCACCAUCGUCAGCCAGGUCAACCCGCACAUCUCGCUGUUCUUCUUCUCGUCCCGGGGCACCGUCGGGUCCCCCGUCACCCACCGCAAGGGCCGCGGCUGGCGCGGCGGGUACCUCGGCUCGGCCACGGAGCAGUACGUCAAGCUGGACCUCGCCAAGUGGCUCAAGGUCCUCAAGCACCUGGAGCUGCUCCCGCGGCCGCUGGGCCAGGACUGGUCGCAGGUCUGGCUGCAGCAGUUCAGCGGGACCAUCACGCUGUGGCCGCGCACGAGCGUGAGCGACUUCGUCAACAUCCUGUCGGACCCGGACCCGGACCGGCUCGCGCGCAUGCUGCACGAGGGGCAGCAGAGCGCGUUCCCCAAGCUCAAGUUCAUCGCCAACAGGCUGAAGGUGGAGAGGCAGAUCGAGCGGGGCCGUAGGGAGACGCUGCUCGCGGGCGGCGUGAGGAGGGGCAGCAUCGAGAGUAUUAUCGACGAGGAGGAUCUGAGAGGGUUGUUGAAGGGGGGGAGUGGGACUACGGAUGAGGAUGAGGAGGAGGAGGAUGAUGAAGAAGAGGAUGGGACUACGGAGGGGACGGUGGAUGUUGAUCAGAUGGCUGUUGUUGAUGGGGAGGAGGAGGAGCAGGAGCAGGAAGAAAAAGACAGAAGAGAAGAGAAGGAUUUGAAGACGGAAUAA